AUGCAAUUCUGCAAGGACAACAUCACCAAAGUCGGAUUUGCUCCCAGGGUCCAGGUCUUAACUCCACUUGAUUUAGGGUUGCCCUCAGAGAUGUGUCACCAGAUCUCUGAGUGUAUCCUUGGCACAUCAGUGCACCCCAGGAGCUUCCGAGAGCUGAGGGAGCCAACAGUGAUGCUUGUCCAAUUUAAGGCAGUGCUGGAGAGGAGGGGUGGAGCUUUUAAAAGACCACAGAGCCAGCAGGGUGAACAAAAGUAUCUUCUAGAGGAUGAACUCGAUCCCUCUGAACCAGAAGACCAGCCUGCAAGAACAAUCAAGGCACAAAAACUCCCAAAACAAACAUAUGGCAAACACACAUGCAAAUGUUCUACACUAGACAAGCCAGUUGAUCCCCCAGAAAGCAAAGGGCACAAGGUGGAUGAGGAAGUUGAUGAGCUGAUGGAAGAUGACUCUAAUGAGAUCAGAGUGUAUAGCCAGGCCUUGGACACUCUGGAAGGAGACAAGAUCCUGACUCAAGACAUUAUCAACAACUUCUCCCAGUCCUCAACUGCAAGCAAGCCCUAUGAUGAGUCAAAGCUGCUAGACCUCACAGGCACAGCUCCAGAUCCAGCUGCAGCAGACUAUGAGACAUAUGUUGAUUGGGCUCAGAAUCUGAAUAGGCUUCAGGACUUCUUUGCCCACUGGGCAGAUUCCCAUCUUCUGUUUGAGCAGCAGCAAUAUGAAAUCUUGCUGCAUUUUGCUGAGAACCAAGGGGAGAGGUGGAGGCAGGCAAAUCCUCAUUUGAAGAGGAAGCAGCAAGCAUGUGUGGAGGUUCUGAAUGCAUACUUCAUAGCACUCUUGGCUGGUGAGUCGAAGGACUGGGUGCAGAUGUGUGGUCCAUUACUGUCAAAUAUCCUCAACAUAUAUGUGUGGAAGCACACAUACAACAUCCAAGCAAAGAUUGAGUACCUUGAACAAGUUAAUGGCAAGAUCCCUGAUGCACCUGUCCACACAUACCAAUAUGGAACAUCACUGCCACUCAAGCACUGGGCCUUCAGCUUUGAAGGUUUGCCUGAUGCCCUCUUGACAGUCCUCAAGAAUGAUGUCCAGCACAUUUCUCAGGAAGAGCCUGACUUCAGUGAUGAAGCUCUUGCAGAUCCUUUAUGCAGCAACCAAAAGUGGCCUGCAGAUGAAACCUUUAACAAUAUAUUGGUCCACACCCAUCAUGAGCAUACUGUCAAUGACAUUCAAAUGAGAGCUUUGCUGUGCAAACACAAGUCUCAUCAUGCAGCACCCAGCCUGACUCCAACAUUAUUCACUGCUCAUGAUCUGGGUGUGAUUGAGAUCCACCCUGAGCUUGAUAGCAAAAUACAGAUGCUGGAUGAUGUCAUGGUGGCCCCUGAGGAUUGGGACAAGGUUGAUGAUUGCCUCAACAUGAACAUGUGGUUGCUCAAACAAGGUGCUGCCAGCAACCUCCAAGCUCUGGAAGAGCAUUCAACAAGAGCCAAAAAAGCAGCCAAUACUCACCAGUCCAAGGGCAAGGAAGUUGUUAAGCAGUGUCACAAGCAGCACACUGCUGACAACUUACAUGAUGACACAAACAUGGAUGGCAGCUCUAAUUCAGGGAAGUCUGGUUCUACUGAUUCGGAAGGACCAGGGGAUAGGGUGGAUACAGAUAUGGACCAUGAGGAUGAUGAUGACAACAAGGACAAUGAGGAAAUGAGGGACUUCAUUGAUGCAGAUGAUGCCAAGGUGGUUUAA